UUUAAAAAUGGUGAAAAGCAUUAAAAUAAGCAAUCCAUUAUGGCCAUCCAUUUCCAAUGCAUCAUGAGGUAUCGUCUCUCUCUUUUCCUGGGUUGCGGUUAAGUCAACAUAUGCUUUCUUACUGGACUACGCUUAUGAGCUGUAAUGGUAUGAAUGGCUCUUGAACCAGCAGAGAUAUCGAUAAUGAUGCCCAAAUAAUAUAGCGUUACAUGUUGAUCAAGUAAUUUAUAUCGAUUUGAUUACUCAACAACUGAUUUGUAACUGCAAAAGUAGAAGAUGGUGCCAGAGAACAUGAAGAAGAAACAACUUGCUUUGGCUGUGAGGAGCAUCCAGUGGAGCUAUGCAAUAUUCUGGUCUGCUUCUAGUUGCCAACCCGGGGUUUUGGAAUGGGGUGAGGGAUAUUACAAUGGCGACAUAAAGACUCGGAAAACAAGUCAGGCAGUACAACUUAGGUCUGAUCAAAUAGGUUUGCAGAGGAGUGAACAGUUGAGAGAGCUAUUUGAGUCCCUCGCAACUGCAGAAUCCACACAACAAACAAAAGGGCCUUCAACUGCGCUAAGCCCUGAAGAUCUCACAGAUACUGAGUGGUAUUACUUGGUUUGCAUGUCCUUUGUGUUCAAUAUUGGCCAAGGAUUACCUGGACGAACUCUGGCAAAUGACCAACCUAUUUGGGUUUACAAUGCCCCUUUUGGUGAUAGUAGAAUUUUCAGUCGCUCUCUGCUUGCAAAGAGUGCAUCAAUUCAGACGGUGGCAUGCUUCCCAUUUCUGGAAGGUGUAGUUGAGCUCGGGACAAGUGAUCUGAUCUCAGAAGACCUCAGUCUCAUUCAACGUAUAAAAACUUCUUUCUUGGAUGUUCUGGGUGCCAGUAAGUCUGGAUCUGCAUUUAAAACAAGAAAUAAUAAAGAUAUUACUUCUGCAGCAUUUGGCCACAGUGCUUAUUAUGCCAAAUUACCAGAAGUGGGAUCUGCUGUAAACAAUAAAACUUCUCCCAAUAGUUUGAGUGCGAUUGAAGCAAACCAACUGGCAGAUGAGACACACGUGGUUGAAAGAAUAGAUGGUGGUUCUUCUUUGGUCCAUAGCUGGCAAGUUAGGGAUGACGAAUUUUGUAACGAUGCCCAUAACUCCAUGAUUUCUAGUGACUGUAGUUCUCAAACUCUGGCUGAUCCUGAAAAGAUAGCCUGUUGUCCUAAGGAUCAAAACCCAACUGACCAUUCUGUGCUAGACCACCAGGAGUGCAAUAAAACGAAAAUGACCUUAAAGAAUUGUCGAAAUGAUGGUUGGCAUUAUCGAAAAGUUCUCUCUGCGGUUCUAAAAGACUCAGACCAGUCUGUAAUUAGAGCACAUUUUCAAAGUAGUAAUAAGGAAUCCAGCUUUGUUAGUUACAAGAAAGGAGGGUCAAUGAGUUAUCAAAUGUUAAAAGGAGGAACCCCACAGAAGUUGUUGAAAAAGGUAUUGCUUGAAGUUCCUCGGAUGCAUAUGGAUGGGCUUCUUGAGUGUCAAGAAGAAAAUGAUUACAAAGAGCAAAUGAGACCAGAGGUUGAUGAAAUUGGUAUGAACCAUGUAUUGUCAGAAAGAAGGAGAAGGGCAAAACUAAAUGAAAGGUUUCUAACACUUAGAUCAAUGGUUCCUUCAGUUAGUAAGGAUGACAAAGUUUCAAUACUGGACAAGGCAAUUGAAUACCUCAGAAAGCUUGAGAAGAAGAUUAGAGAGUUGGAAGCAUGUAGGGAGCUAAUAGAUUUAGAAACCAGAGCUAAAAGAACACCUCAAGAUAUGGUAGAGAGGACUUCUGAUAAUUAUUUUAACAAAACUGAUAAUGGCAUGAAGCCAAUGAAUAACAAGAGAAAGGCAUGUGACGUUAAAGAAACAUGGCAAGAAAAUGAUUCAGUUGCCCUAAAUGACAGCUCUACUAGUAGCGUCAUUAUCAAUUUGAGCAACACCGAAGUUCUGAUUGAAAUGAAACAUCCAUGGAGAGAAGGAGCAGUGAUGAAAAUUAUGGAAGCACUUAGGAAUCUCCACUUGGAUUUACGAUCAAUUCAGUCAUCAGAAGUUGGUGGGAUUCUUCAUCUAACCAUUAGAUCUCAGAUGAGAGGGCCAACUAUUGCAUCAGCGAAGAAGAUAAAACAAGUGCUGCAAAAAGCGGCUUGGAACUGUUGAAUUUUGUCGUUCUUCAAAAGCCCAUAAUAACAUUUUAUUCAGUUCAUGCCACUGCAGUACCUCGACGUGUAACAGAAGGCAUCAUUUAGAGUGGAGUCACCGGUGCAAUUUUUUGGAAUUCUUUGUAUGAAGACUUCCAAUAAAACGUAUCCCAUUACUUCUUGAAUAACACAAUGGAACAUAUUAGGCAUCUCUUUAAGCAGUUGAAAAAAUGGGUGAGGGUUUGAUUGCCUAAAUUUCUUGUAAUAUUAACUUGUAUGAUAUGUUAGCUUGACCAGUAAAUGUAUAUUCGUAGCAGAAAGGUUGUUUAAUGAAAGCAACAACGGGGCAGGAAAGAA